CCUCACCUUACGAGAUGUCUCAGCUCUUAAGAAGCAUUGUCACCGUAAUCGACGUCUUCUACAAUUAUUGUGGCCAGGAUGAGGAAUGUGACACAAUGUGCAAAAAGGAACUCAAGGAACUUUUGGAAAAAGAGAUGGGUUCACUUCUGAAAAAUCCCAACAAUCCUGAUACUGUGGAUGUCUUCAUGCAAAUCCUGGACCGGGACCAUGACAGAAGAGUGGACUUUACUGAGUAUCUACUGAUGGUUUUCAAGUUGACCAUGGCCUGCAACAAAUCCGUCGUCAGAGAAUACUGCCAUGCUUCAGGGUCAAGGCAGAAACACCAAGGUCACCAUCUCCAGGAGGCACAAAGUGAAACAGAGGAACAGGAAGAGUCAACAGGCCAAGAGUCAGACUUCAGUCAUUCAAGCUGGAGUUCAAGAGAGGGAUUUGGGUCAUCCAAAUCUGGGCAAUCACAUAGGAACAGGGGCCAUAGGCAUGGGUCUAGCUCUACUGGGUGGGAAAGGAAUGAUUCCUCAUAUAAUUCAGGGCAUGGGGAAGGCUCAGGGAGGAGCUAUCAUAGAUCAAGAUCAAGCCACUCAGAGAGUAGUAGCCAAGAGAAAUAUGGGUUCAAAGCAAACAAGCAGGGGGGAAGGAGACAUAAGUUAAGUAUUAGCCCCUCCAGAAUAUCUGGAGGAGAAGAAUAUGAAUCUGGCACUGGUAACUCAGGUAGAUGGGAAAGACAUGGAUUCAGCAAUAGCCAGUCAGGGGGAUUUGAGGUACCAGAAGAGAGGUCUGAAAGAGGGAAGGACAGAGGACAAGGACAUAGCUCCAGAUCACAUCAAUCCUCUAGCUAUGAACAGUCUGAGUAUGGGUCAGGUCAGCUACCUACCUAUGAGCAACACCACCCUGACACUGGUCAUUCCUCUAGCUAUGGACAACAUGGGUCAAGCUCAGGCCAGUACUCAGGCCAUGGACAACAUGGGUCUGACUCAGAGCAGUACUCCAACUAUGGACAGUCAGGCUCAGGACAGUCUUCUAGCCAUGGGCAAUGUAGAUGUGGUUCAGGCCAGUCUUCCAGUCAUGGACGAUAUGAGACAGGCUCUGGUCAAUCUUCUAACUUUGGGUCUGGCUCAGGUCAAUCAUCCUGGCAGAGACAACAUGGGUCUAGCUCCAGUGGUCAGUCAGAAAGGUGGGGAGGACAUGGACAAGGUUCAAGUUCAAAUCAGUCCUCCAGCCAUAGACAACAUGGGUCAGGGUCAGGUCAGUCUACCAGCUAUGGACAACAUGAGUCAAGCUCAGGUCAUUCAUCUAGCUAUGGCCAACAUGGGUCAGGCUCAGGUCAGUCUUCCAACUAUGGACAACAUGAAUCUGGCUCUAGUGGUCAAUCAGGGAGUUGUGGAGCAUCAGGACGUUACUCCAGUUCACAUCAGUCCUCUAGCUAUGGCCAACAUGGGUCAGGCUCAGGUCAGUCUUCCAACUCUGGACAACAUGGAUCUGGCUCAGGUCAGUCCUCCAGCCACAGCCAGCAUGAGUCAGGCUCAGGUCAGGCCUCUAGCUACGGACAACAUGGAUCUGGCUUAGGUCAGUCCUCUAGCUAUGGACACGGGUCAGGCUCAGGUCAGUCCUCUAGCUCUGGACAACAUGAGUCUGGCUCCACUGGUCAUUCAGAGAGUUGUGGAGGAUCAAGACAUUACUCCAGUUCACAUCGAUCCUCCAGCUCUGGCCGACAUGGGUCAGGCUCAGGCCAGUCCUCUAGCUAUGGACAUGGUAUAGGGUCAGGUCAGUCCUCCAGCUAUGGUCAUCAUGGGUCAGGCUCAGGUCAGUCCUCUAGCUAUGGUCAUGGGUCAGGGUCUGGUCAAUCCUCUAGCUAUGGACAGUAU